AAUCUUCAACGCCCAAUAAUAUUCCUUCCCGUAUAUUUCCCACCCUAAACCCGGCCUAUUAGUUAAUUCGCAUGCUCAGCAGCUCUCUCACUCCUGAUUAAUUAAUUAAUUAAUAUCGAUAUCGAUCCGCGCGCAUUAUUAGCUAGUCACACCAUAACGGGCAUGGACGACUCGACCUCAUCCUCCUCUAAUGGGUGCUCCCCCACCGAGCGCUCACCGGCCGCGAAGUCCCCGUGCUCGUCAUCGUCCUCCUCGCUGCACGCGCCCGCGCCCACGCCGUCGCUGAAGCGCAAGGCCGGAAGGAAGAAGUUCCGGGAGACGCGACACCCGGUGUACCGCGGCGUGCGGUCCCGGAACGGGGGGAGGUGGGUGUGCGAGGUGCGGGAGCCGCAUAAAAAGAGCCGGAUUUGGCUCGGGACGUAUCCCACGCCCGAGAUGGCGGCGCGGGCGCACGACGUGGCGGCCCUCGCACUUCGCGGCGAGGCGGCGCCCCUCAACUUCCCGGACUCCGUGUGGAAGCUGCCGCGAGCGGGUUCGGGGUCGGCGGACGACGUCAGGUUCGCCGCCGCGAAAGCAGCCGAGAUGUUCCGGCCUUGUGCGCUGCACGAAUCACCACCGCUGUUGAAGUGGGAGACAUCGUCUCCAGCAAAGAAGCUGCCGGCACCGCCUUCGACUGAUCAGGGCUGGAUAGGAGAAGCCGAUGAGGAGAAGGUGGUCCGACCGGCGGCUGUGUAUUUGGAUGAGGAGCUGGUGUUCAAUAUGCAGGGAUUAAUGGAUGACAUGGCCAAGGGGAUGAUGCUGACUCCGCCAGCUCUGCGAAGGGCGUUCGACUGGGAUGCAGACGAAUGCGCAGAGGAUUGGACACUUUGGGCUGAUUAAAAUAUUAUACGUAUAUAGUUACUCGCGUCAUUUUUUUUUUUUAAAUCAUUUAUUUAUUUAUUUAUUUAUUUAUUUAUUUUUUCGCUGCAAUGCCAGC